CCUGAACGAAGACAGCCAAAGUCGUACAUUCGAGUGCUUAUUGAAAUCUGCACGUUUGACAUAUCCUUCGCACCUACACAGCAAUAUUUAUCCUUAACCUCACCCAGACCGCAAGUCCCACCCGGUCUGUGGUCAUACCGGACCAGAGAUUGGCCCCUGCUCAAAGAUCGAGGGAGUACGGAGUGCAGAGAUGGUCCUCCUCACCUCAGGAACAGUGUCGGUCAUCAUAUCUAGUGGAGUGAUCUGCACAUUUACAUUCUUGCUCUUUCUGUGUGGAUAUGUCCUACAACAGCAAAGUGUCCGAUCACUACAAGAGGCCAUACGGCAACCGCCAGAGAGAAAACCAGUACCGACUCUCCCCGCGAAGUUCCGACAUCCCCAGAAUGAAUUGUUCGAGGCUGUUGUUGGAGAGAACAUUGAUGGGUCGAUGGAGUCGACAAUUGUCAAUGAGAUAAUGGGGCCUCGAGGCUCGAAACCUGGCGAUAACAUCCAGGUCCCCGUUGAUGUGGACGACCAAGGCCUGCGGAGAGUGAAGCAGUCUCUGAUAUCAGAGGAUGGAUCCUCUUUUGAAAGAUUGGCAUACUUCUUUGCUCUGCAGGAGCCAUCGGACCUGUGCUCUGCCCUGUAUUUCGCAGAUUUGCAUCGGAAUGCGUCCAACCUCUCCAUUCCACCAUCCUUGGUUCUGCUGUACCCCGCAACGUGGGAAUCAUCUGGGAGCGUUCUUCACACAUCGAUCCUCUCAUUCAUGAGGACAAUUCAGGAAUCUCAAGAUCUCAUCUACCAUCCAGUUCCCAUCGACGAAAGGCUCGGAGUGAAGGCUCAGUUGUUGGGCGAGUUACAAUGGACGCGGUGGAGUUAUGACCGAGGAAUGUACCUACGCUUACCUGGUAUGGCGAUUGACAUUCAGUUGUUGGAUGACGCAUUACGUCAAUCCGAGUAUAGAAAAGCUUGGGGGGCAGUUCAUGGAGCUGGCAGACUUGACCCAGAGAUUCUUCUGUAUACGCCACAGGGGUUGAAGACUCCAAGGAAGGAUGUGCAACCACUUGCAGCAUCACCCAUAACACCAAAAACUUUCGAGGACCAAGUAUAUCUUGAGUCGCAGGUCAAGAGUGCUGGAUAUGUGCUGCUGGACCAGUAUACAUCUGAAUCUGCAUCGGAGAUAGACCCUUGGCUAAGGAAUAUUGUCGGAGAAUACGAUCGGGGUCGAAAGGGGGUAUGCGCUGGGAGUAAUCUGUUGCACGGCAUUGACUGAUGAUUUGCCUGGUUUGAUAAGGAGGAAGGAUCUCCUGACAUCUUAGCACUGAACGAUAUGAAUGAAAGCAAACUGGAAUUGUGAUGGGACGAUUAGGCGUUCUCAGAAGGCAGACUCUGCGUAU